AUGGCAUUAAUCUGGACUACUUUGAUGCAGUGGGAUAACUGUGAAGAUCGAAUUGCUGUUAUUGGUUUGGGCUUCACAGCUGUCAUUGCAUUCUGGGCAUCACUAAAUUUGGUUGCGAACUGGUGUGAAAAGUUCUUAGAGUUUGCUUUUACACAAGGAAAAGGAAACCAAGUUGUGCCAUGUCCUUGUGUGAAAUGCAACAAUGAGAGGAGGAAAACUAGGCCGGAAAUAGAAUUAGAUCUACUAAAGUUUGGGAUUGUUAAGAGUUACACACGUUGGGUACGACAUGAUGAAAGCUUUGAAUGCCAAGUUGAUGCAAAUGAUUUAGAUGACUCGCAUCAAAAUGUAGAGCAUAAUUAUAUGAGUGACAUGUUGUAUGAAGCAUUUGGAAUGGCGACACAAGAAGUAGAUGCUGAGGUUGGAGAAGCUGUGGAUGCAAAGGCUAAGGUUGGUAUUCGAGGAGAUCCAAGUGAAGAAGCCAAAACAUUUUAUAAAUUAAUGGAAGACCUUGAGUUGCCGUUAUAUCCAGGCUGUAAAAACUUUUCAAAGUUGUCCUUUCUGCUUAAGUUAUUUCACAUUAAGUGCUUAGGGGGGAUAACAGAUAAAAGUCUUUCUAUGAUUCUUGAUCUUUUCAAGGAAGCAUUGCCAGAUAAUAACACUUUGCCAGAAUCCUUCUACGAAGCUCAAAAGACGGUAAAAAAGUUGUCUCUUAACUCCAUCAAGAUUGAUGCUUGUCCCAAUAAUUGCAUGCUAUUUUGGAAAGAGCAUGCUAAUGCGGAUGAAUGCCCUAAGGGACCUAAGAAGAAUAUUGAUGUGUAUCUCCAACCUCUAAUUGAGGAACUAAAGUUGCUUUGGCAUGUUGGUGUGGAGACUACAGGAGGAGAAAAAAGUUGUCCUACUUGCAACAGUGACACAUCUUCAGAAUGGCUAAGAAAUGGGGGCAAGUACUGUUACAUGUGUCAUCGCCGAUUUCUACCCAUUGAUCAUGAAUGGAGGUACGAUGGGGCAUCUUUUGACGGCACACAUGAGAUUAGACCAAAGCCAAAGGAGUUAACGGGUGAGGAAGUGCUUGAACAAUUAGUGGAUGUUGAAUGUGUUACAUCUUUUGAGACUCCUACUAGGAAGAGAAAUCGACGCAAAGAUCAAAAGAACAAAUGCAAAGCAAUAUGGAGAAAAAAGAGCAUUUUCUAUGAGUUGCGUAUUGGAGUAGUCUUCUAG